CGUCACAGACAUUAUGGCGGAGACUGGUUGAGAAGGAGAAUUACUCCGUGAAGCGGCACUGAAAACCAACUUCAUCUCUUGCGUUACGAGGUGAUCGCUGGUCUUAAAAAAAUGGCCUGCAAUAUCGGCCAGGAAAGAAAAAGCGACAAGGAGAGCACCAAUACCGGCGGCCUAACCGUGGAGGAUUGUGAGAGCAAGAAACAAUUGUUGUCAGCCUCUAGCACGGCCACAUCGAAGCAAAAUGGCGAUCAAGCUGGAUGUGAAGACGAGCAAAUGUCUGAACAAGAUGCUUCUGAGCGGCAGAGGCCUGGGCUGUCGGACCAGAAAAACUGUAGAGGUUCGCCCUCGACACUGCCGAGGUCGGCAGAGGAGCUGCCAAGGAGGAAUUUUCAGAUUCCGCGGAAGAUCAAGGAGCGGAAAGGUCUCCUUCAGCACUUGUCUCCAGAUUCCAGAGAGUUUGAAGAAGUUGUGAAGCUCCUCUCCACGUUCUAUCUGGAUGCUGGCUCACGUGGGACUUUUACUUACACCAAAGCUUGUCUCAUUCACAAUGAGCUCCUGGAGAAAGAGUUCAUCGAAAAGAAAAGGGAACUGAAGCAGAAUGGUAGGGCAGAUGCAGAGCUCACCGAAUUCUAUGCUUUUCUACUGCCAGAGAGAAAUAAGGUUCAAUUGAUCUGCGAAAAGGGUCUUUCUGUGGGACAUUCGCGGGUCACCAAUCUAGGAAGUCCUCUUAAAGGGGUUUACCUCUCAAAAUACUCAGACUUGUUACAAAUGAAUACAUUUGAAGUUGGUGCUGCUGGAGAGAUAAUAAUAUUUAAAGUCAUGAAGGGUAAAGUGAAAACAAUAUUUGAGAAUGUGCCCAAGGGUAAUCUUGAACCUGCCCCUAAAUAUGACUGCCAUCUGUACAAGAAUGCCAGCAAAGUGACCUCACUAUUGUCCUAUAGGGCCUUUGAACACACUCAGCAAUACUUUUAUGAAUUUGCGUUUGAUGAACUAAGGUCAAGGCCCAGGCAUGUGUUACCAUACGCAGUUGUGUCUUUUCAGUACAAAGGCAAAGAGUCUGCUACGGCUGCACACAGAUUAAACAGCACUGUGCAUGAAGGGCAGAGGGUUCGACGGAGAUAUACAGUUUGGAGUGGCUCACUGGUGAAUAAGGGAGAGGAGGUCUAUCAAGUUUGCAUUCGGUCUACAAGUCUCCCACUCAUUCCACUUAAACUCCCAGAAAAGCUUGACAUCAAUAUGGCAAUGCAUCUCGAUCAAGUAAAGAGAAAGAUACCAUCUUCUCUGUUAUCCUGGGACACGUACAGUGGAUCACGUGAGGCAUUGAAGUGUGGCAUGUACUGCAGCCUGUAUGAGGUCAAUGGGAAGAGUAAACAGGAAGACAGUCUCUCGGGACUGCUGCAGCGUCUUGAGAGAGAAAGAAUGGUUCUGGUGAAGCCAUUGGUAGACAAAGGAUUUCUCUUCCUCCUUUCGUCCUCUCAGUUGCACGCUACCAACGAGAGGCGAGGCAGAUAUGACAGGGGUUUACAGGCACUUUUUGUCUUUCAAGAGCAAAGAAUCGUCUCGAGGUUGGUUGCUAAGAGCUUUGGAGUAGAUGAAGACCCACUGGUUCCACUAGAGCCUAAAGACCCAAUUAGCCACCAACUAGAUAAUUUUGUACCUGCCCUGCACCAUAGCCUCUUCAAGCUGCGUUCCAAUCCACCAAAAGAGCUUGCUGCUGGGCUGAAACGUCAGGCACUGGACUAUCUAAGUCAGCAAGAACAAGGUGCUAUACAGCCCUUUCAGGUGGGGGAGUAUCGGCACAGUUUAGAUGACCGGACCAACCUACACCCUGCACCUCGUCCCAAGAAUAUAGACUUGGCCCUCAACUCUUACAUAUAUGGGCCGGGACAGUUUCAGCUGCCUGUGGAGGCACUGCAGCAGGACCUAAUGGACAGCAGACAAGGGGCAGUGUCUCCCCCAGCAUGCGUAGAAGAGUAUAGUCCUGUUUCAGACUGGGGAGGGUCAGACAGACAGGCAUCGUGCAGCAGUGGACUUGGGAUUUCUCAGUCUAACGGUGGUGCUCAGAAGCCACGGGAAUAUGAGAAAGAAAAGAUGGAGAAAUUGCUGAAGUUGAUACAGUUACACAAGAGGACUUUAGGGAAGGAUGAUGGGAGCGGGCCAGAGAGAGAUGAGGACUGGGACCCCGCCAGUCUGAAAAGGAGGCUAGAGAGGGAAGGUGCUGGAGGCAUGAGCAAGUACCUGAGGACAGAUCUGCUGAACGGAGAGCCAGGGAGAGUGAUGAUGGACAGCAUGGGGCUGUGUGAUACAGACCUGCGGGAGCGCGUGACUCACAGUGCCACUCUCCGAGAUACGCAUACGUUGCUCAAACUCUUCCUCAGCACACUUAACAGGAUGGCCCAGACCUCUGCAAGUAGCCAGCCUUUGCUCCCAGACAGCUUGGAGAUCAACCAGAGUCAUGACCCCACUGACUCAGUUGCUCACUGUGACCUUGACCUGCGAAGCAGGCGUGCUGAUGCAGAGCAGGUUAACCAGGAUUACUUAGAGGAGCAGAUGGUUUGCAGUAGGAGCAGUAUGGAUGUGUACAGUCCCUCCUCCAUUAUGGAACAGCAGCCCUCUCAUCCAGCAGAAACCUCACAUCAGAGCCACCAUCUCUGGAGAACAUCCACCACAGAGGGUGUUGGUGAGGCAUGUAUGAGUGGAGAGGAGAAGCAGGCAAAGACCACAGGGAGAGCAGUAGAGGCCAUCCUUGACAGUGAGUUCCAGAACCUCUGCUCAGGGAUCCAUGAACUGAUGGAGGCCCAACAUAUAAUGUAUAUCUCCCAGCCUCCUUUGCUUCGACGUGAGGAGCAGGCCAAUCGAACUUGCCCGGCCUUCUCUCCUUUUGUCUCAAAAUAUGUUUCCUCGCCACCAGUGCAGGGGUACAUCAACACACUCUCUGAAAAGAUGAACCGAUUGAUUCGUGCUCCCAGUGUGUCUUUGGAAGCGGCGACCAUCACGUCAUCAGCUGCUGUUGCCCCACUGCUCGCUGCCCACUUGCCUUCUGUCCUGCCCUCUUCUGCCAAGCCGGCUCCUGCCCAAACUACCCUGCCCUCUGCACCUGCUCCUUGUCACACUAAAACAUCAUCUCCAGUGCCUAAGUCUCAAGCUUCAAUUAGCAAGCCACAAGCCCAUGUACCUACCCCUAAACAUCCCUCUUCAGGCAAGCCUCAUGGCGCUGUCAAAGGGGUCCACCUAUUUUCAGGAGGAAAGUCAAAUGGCCCCAAGUGUACAAAUGUUGUUGAAAGUCCCAUGUGCUCUCCAUCAACCAUAAGUGGCAGUCAUCCUCCAAUCCCUUCAGUAUUGGAGAUGCCCUCAGAUCCUACCCUUGCAGGAACCUCAAGCACUGUGGGUGGCAACAUUAUUGGCCAGAUCAAGCCGGAUGUGUUGUGCACACUGGUGGAGAUCAUGCAGAAGAAUGCGGUAAAGUUCUACAUUCAGAGAGGAGAUGAGGAGAGUGAACUCUGCACUGAGAUCAAGGAGUAUUUAAGAAGUCUUGGCAACAUUGAUUGCAACCCACAGACCUACCUGGUGAAUAAAAGCCAGCAAAAGUUCAUGAUCAUCAUUCAGAAUGAGGAUAUUGCUGCUCAUGUACAUAAGAUCCCAGCACUAGUGUCUCUAAAGAAGUUGUCCACUGUUUACUUUGCUGGAGUGGACAGUCUGGAUGAUGUGAAAAAUCGCACUUACAAUGAGCUUUUUGUGUCAGGAGGUCUCAUUGUGUCAGAUGAGCUCAUUCUCAACCCUAUUAAUAUAACACUAGAAAAGCUACAGGCAUUUCUUCAGUUUCUGGAGGAACAGGGCUCACCCUGGAAGUGGAAGGUGCACUGUAAAACUCAAAAGAAGCUUAAAGAGCUCAGCAGGUUAAACACAGAGGCCUUGGAUCUGUUAAACCUGCUGACAGCCUAUCAGAAGAAACACUUGGUGGAGUUUCUACCUUACCACGAGUGUGACACUCCAUCCAAGCAGGCUCCUGAUUUGGACUGUCUGGUGAAGCUACAAGCUCAACACACACCGCUCCGACACAUCAUAUUCCUUACAGAAAGGCAUGAUGAGACAUUCUCACAGUUCUCUGGUAGCGGCGUCAUCGUGGCAUGUAUGAAUGAAAUCAUGAACAACUUCCAGAGUUUGAUCACCAUUCCGGAAGAAGUAGUGGAUGUCCUACCUGCUCCAGCAGAGCCUGAUGCAGUGGUAGAUGAGGAGGACAUGUCCAUAGACUCUGAAGAUGACAUACUGGUUAUCGAAGAGCCUUCCAUUCAAACCGAAAAUAAUCAGGAAGAACAGCAGACCCCUCUGCCCCCUCUGCCUCAUACAGAUGUGUUUCGUCCUCCUCUCCCUGACCAGCCCACUUUGGACCCCAUUAUGGAUCCCCCACUAAACCCUUCCAGCUACCCUACCCAGGGCUCUUAUGUGUCCAAUUACGCAGCUCUCAAAUCUGCCAUCGCUCAAUAUAAAGCUGCCACUCAGGAGGGUACAACUAAGCCUGAAGUGGAAGACACCCUGGCCAGUUUUGGGGUGAACCCCCACCAGAGCUAUCUGUGUCCCGGCUCAGCACAUUGGAGCCCUUACUCUGGAUCACCUGCAUACCACAUGUCCUCUGCUUAUUCGUCACCAGUCCGGGUGCCCUCCAAAGGUUCAGAGUACAUUCAAACUGCAACCCAACCCACCACAAACACCUCUACUUUGCCCAUCGCCCAGCCAACCUCCCUGCCCCUACCUCAGCCACCUGUAAGCUUAGUGGAGAUGACUCUGACUACAGAAUCAGCCUCCUCUCUUCAGCCCCCUGACAGUGUGGGACUGGCUGGUGCAGCAACAACAAGCAUUGCAAAUAAGCUGGGAAAUGCUGGCUCUCUGGAUGCUCAGAAAUAUUUAGAGACUGCUUCCUCCUCUUCCUCUCUUCACACCACUUUUCCUUCCUUCCCAGAUGCUACUCUCUUUCCAGCCCUCACUCCUAUUCCUCCCGUUCCACCUCUCUAUAAUUGGGGGCCGACACCGGGAGCCCAGCACAGUUACACUGCUGGACAGAGUGGGGGAGGAUUCAGUGCUUUCCCUAUCACCCAAACUGAGGUUGCAGGUGUGCUGGGGGCCAGUGAGAACAGAACCUAUAAAGGUCAAGAGGAAGAAGGCACCCCUGCUCCAGUCACUUCUACAGUUGUACCUGUACUGCAGGAGGGUGGUUAUGAUGAAGGAGGUGCACUGGGUAGUUUGACCUCAUGCAACCAAGGCAGCAUAACUUCAGUGAACUCUUCCUCAGAGAAUCAGGGAGGGAGUCAGAUCCCACCCACCAGGGGCGGCACCAUUAGUAGAGGACUCCUACCCGUCCCUGGAGCUGCAAGGGGGACCAUGUGCAGAGGUGGGUCACACAGCAACAAAAGAACAUACCAUCCCAGAGGGGGCAUGUCAGGACCUUCUGAUAUGAUGCGUGGUGGUUUCAGGGGCAGAGGUGUACCACCAGGUCCCAUGAGAUCUAGACCAGGUUGGGGUCAAAUCAGAGGAGGCCCGUCCUGUAAUUGGGGCUAUCCCCCUGGGAGGGGAGGGGGUGGACGCCCAGACUGCUAUUCAGACUACAGCUACAACUGAAUGCCAUUAGGAUGCCAUGGCCUCCCUUAUAGACUACUGGCAUUAGGAAUGUACAUAUUUAACUGUAAGAGCACAUCAAAUCAAUGUCAUGAAGUGUAAGAAAAAAAAAAGAAAAGAGGAAAAAAAAAUGAAAUCUGGUUUUGUAUGAAUGAGAUUUGAGACUCCAGUGGCCAGAGUUUCACUGUUUUCAAUAAUGCUCUUCCUAAAAUGUUUAAAAAAAACCUUGUUCAUACCACUAUAUUUAUAUUGCCAAGAAAUGUAAUUGCCUUUUCAAUGUUUCAUUUUUGUCAAUACUUUUUGUUUGGAUUUUCAAAACGGUUUGUGAACAAGGAGCAAAAUGCAGACAAUAUUUUUUUAAAGAAAAGUGUCAUUCUUCAUUUUAGCUUUUUUUUUUUUUUUUUUUUUUUUACAUUCUUGGUUGUACAAAUG